CAUGCGGGGCGGCGGGCCUGCGGCGGCGGCCGCGGGGCUGCUGGCGGCGGCCGCGGCGGCCGCGGCGAAGCUGGCGCUGGGGCCGGGCGGGGAGGCGGCCGGAGGCUGGCUGCCUGUGCUGCUUCGCAUUGGCUGUAUUGGCUUGGUGUUCACGUGCAAUGCGAUGAUGUGGACAGUCUUUGCAAAAGCCCUGCGACUCUCCUCCUCCUCGGCUGCUGCCUCUGUGACAUCGACGGCCUCCAACUUCAUUUCUUCGGCCAUCCUGGGCAAGCUUCUCUUCGCGGAGACGUGGACGCCUCUGUGGUGGGUCGGCCUUGCCGUGACGCUCUGUGGCCUCGUGCUGCUGCACACAGCUGUGCCCCAGCCGGCGCAGCUCCCGGUGGAGAAGAAGGAGGCGUGAUGGCUGCCAUUGGGGGCACAGCACUAUGCCACCCCUCGCCAGCCUGCCUCGUGAUGGCAUCCCCAGUCCCCAGCCAACUCUGAACGCACUGGCCAUGGACCUGCUAACCCCUGCUCACCUGCUGAUCUGCCGACUCACAAAGUCAUUCUGGUCGCAUCUUUCCUGGCAGGUCAGUGGUGGUGUGGUGGCAGUGACAGCCUCAGACAGAGCUGGUCCGCUCUGAGUCAGUAUUGUAGAAAUCAGGGCCAGAGGCUUAUCAGCCACUCCUCUUCCUUCACACACCUGCAGCUGUGGAGCUUUCCCAGUUUGGGGAAGGCUGAAAGUAAACGUGGUAGCUGUGGAAGGUGCCUGUGCAUCAGUACUUUUCCAUAAGAGGACCUGUCCCGAAUUAGAAAAGCAAUCACUGAAGGCAGCUGAUACUUCUGCGCUGCUGUUUCCUGACUUUCCUCUCUUCCUCUUGAAAUGGCCCCAUGCCUGCUGCUGCCUGUAAGGCUAUGGAGCCUUUCAUUAAUUCCUUCAGCUUCCCCUAUGAGUCACAUACACCUUUUAACUUGCCAUUUGUAUCUGAUGCCUGUAACUUCCGCUUACCUGUUCCUGACAUUACUCACUGUAAGGUUGCCACUUUUUCCUUUAAACUUUUUACCAGGAUGGGGUUUUGAUCACCAUUCCUGCUGUGUGUAGGUCAAAGUGUAAUUUGGGGACAAUACAACAGGCUGCAUGUGAACAGUCAGCCACUUUCACUAGGAGUGUCGGUGUUCAACAAAUUCCGUAUCAGAACCUGUCAGGUUUAUCGUGACUGGCAGAUCUGCACCGUGUCCAGCAGGAGCGUAAAAAAUAGACUUGCAGGUGAAAAUGCCGCUGGAGUUGGGUUUGUGCCUUUUCCUUCUUUGUAUCAGAAAGAUGAAAAGUCAGUGUUCCCAGAAGAGGCUGGGAGGUUUUUUGCUCCAAGUCCCCUGCUUCAGCAGACCAUCCUAGCUCAUCACAUCUGGUAGCCGUGUCCCAAGAGGGGCAAAGCCUUUGCCUCUGCUCUCUGUGUGCUCAUAAGUCUUCCCCUCCAAAGAGGGGAGCUGCAUAUGUGGUGGGGAAGAGGGCAGAGUGCCUUUCCUCCGUACCAGCAUGGGUCUUUGCACCUGGGGAGCUCUUUGGGUAGCAGCAGUGAUACAAAGAGUGGGACACAUCCAGCUGCCUGGGAAGCUGGGACUUGAUGCGGUGACCCAGCAUCCCUCAUAGGUCUGCGGAAAUGACAACUAGGAACUAUGCAUUUCUAAGUACAUCAAGUCUCCUUAGACCUUUGUAUAUGAUGGAGAAAUAAUGAAGGCUGCAAGCCUGAUUUGUUUGCCCUUGUUACUAGCUCAGCCAGCUGUAAGCCGUGGCUGUCUUUGUGUGAGUAGCAGGAGAAGGACCAGACUCUCUCCUCUCUGGUUAAUUUGGCUGUUGCCCCUCCUCCUAACAAACCUUUUGGAAAGUUUUUUAACAUGGGCUAUCUUAAAACUGACAUUUCUUUAUUACAGUCAUUGUUGGAGGUCAAGGUCUAGGAGAUGUUUGCACAUGUGCAGAAAGCGUGGGCAACAAUUCACUUGGUGACGCUCACUUUUAAGGCAGAAGAACACAAACAACGGCUGUAAAUUCACUGUUGUAAACACUUGAAGGUGGGAAUGGAAACAAGUUUUCCUCCAGUUGUUGUGGGAGGAAAAGAUUGCCGAGCAGUACAGUUUGGGCAGAAUCCCUCUCCUCUAUGUACACAGGGUUUGGCCCAUGUCUGCCAGUGGUGCUUGUCAGCGUGGGGCCAGGGCUGCAAGGAAGGCUGCAGUCGCCAUACGUCGAAGCGGUGCACGUCCGGUAAAUGGUUCAUAUGUAGUUGUCCAAAAUGCAGCUGGAGAUGAUCUCAGAAAGGGGUGCCGGCAUUUCCAAACUAAAACACUUUUCAAAGCUUGGUGGCUGAAAUUUAAUAUUUACAGAUAUUUUAGACCACACAUGCACAAAAAAGUGAUGUGAGACUAAUGGGCGAGCUGUAUUUGAAGAGCGAGUGGUUCAAAUGUGGUAGGCCUUGUAAGGCUGAAGAUCAUGGCCAAUCGUAAGACCUUGAUUUACCAGGGCAGAAGGUGGGUUAUCCUUAUGCAGGAACUACAGUAGUUUUCUUGUGUGGAGUUUUUGCACACUUGAGCUGAGGUAUUUUUAGAGAAGAGUCUCGGGCACACAUUUCCGCUCAAAUUUCAGUGAAAUACACUUUUCUUUGCACAUA